GUGAAGACCACGGUACAGCCAUGAAAAUAAGGAUGUGUCCUAUGGGUGGGACAGUUCUGGGUAACUCCUACACAUGGAGUGUCCGUUCGCCCUAACGUCCUUCUAAAAACAACAACAAGGACAGAUCGGUUCCAUUCACUGGUUGUAACAGAGAGACACAGGACUCCAGCAACUCAAACCUCUACAAGAUCUUCAGCUGAAAAGCAUGCAUGUCCACUCUCUGGCCCUGUCUUUUCUCCUCCUCCUGGUUGCUGGGGCAGCUGUGGUGUGUGUUACCAUGACGCCUGCACUCCACAGUUUCCGAGGCUGCACUGUGCGAGAGUUCACCUUUGUGGCCCAGAAGCCGGGCUGCAAGGGACUGCGUAUCACCACAGAAGCCUGCUGGGGGCGCUGCCACACCUGGGAGAAACCAGUGCCAGAUGGCCCCUACAUCCAGCGACAUCACCAUGUGUGCACCUACAACCACACCCGCUACAUGACUGCCCGGCUGCCGGGCUGCCAGCCCGACAUCUCCCCCCUCUACCACUAUCCCGUGGCUCUGCACUGCCACUGCGCUGUCUGCUCCACACAGGAUACCGAGUGUGAAACCUUCUGAGGGUGCACAACACCACUUUCAGCACACAGUAUUGCCAAGUCCUACAGAUAUGAACAAUACUGUUAAAAAGUAUGAAAUCAAGACAUCUGAGUAAGUGCCACACUUUGUUGCACUUCUAGCAAAAAAAUGAUAGCAAGAGAUUAACAGCAGAAAAUCCCUGAUACUUGACAUCUAGUAACCUAAAAUAUGACGACUGAAGACUGUGUGGAUGUAUGUGUGUGUAAGAAAUGAGAAAUAAAUAAACAGAGCAAGUCAUACAUUUCAGAAUAAGAAUUUUGUGAUU